CCUUUUCAUUGGGUAUCGCUCUUCCUACGUGGCUGGUAGAGUCACAGAACAACAUCUUUGUUCUUGGUAUAUACGGAAUUGUCUUUGGAAUAUUAUUACCUUUCUUUGUGGGGCGUUGGUGGUACAGUUCAACUGGUUACACCAAAGACAAGAUACGAACUCACACGAUGGCACUUUACUUCAAAGAACUACGGGAUAAAUCCAGUGUUAAACAUAUACUUGAACUUUUAUCUGCAUCUGUAGAAUUUCUAGAAUUAGUUGAGCAACGUCCUUCUGAUGCGGCCGCUCUGUCGCCAGUUAUUUCAUCGGUGAAGGAGGAACUGGAUAAACGAUUUGGGGAAAAGUUUGAGAAAAGUAAAAAGUAUAAUGCUCCAUACUGCCAAAAAGCUUAUGUAUUAUUGCACGCAUAUCUAUUACGAAUAAAAAUCUCAGACGCGAACUUGUUAAAAGACCAAGAAUUUAUUAUUGAAAAAGCCGCACAUUUAGUCAACGGUAUCCUCGAUAUAUCGCUUGCACAUCAUUGGCUAACAACAACUAAUAAUUGCAUCGAACUCCGCCAGCUCCUCACACAAGCAAUCUGGCCGGGUGAAAAUCCGCUCGUGCAAUUACCAUACAUAAAUCACGAGGUUUUGAAAGCGAUGAAAAGUAAAAAACGGAAUAUUAAGAGUGUGGUUCAGUUGAGAGAAAUGAAUGAAGAGGAUCGAAGAGCUUCGUUACGAACUCUAUCUGAUACUGAAUAUGAAUCUGUUAAGAAUGUUGCUGACGCUUACCCUGCUCUCGAAAUUGUUCGUAAACGUUUCAAAGUGGCAGGCGAUAAUAUUAUAACUCCAGGAUCAAUAGUCACAUUUAUUUUGAAAGUUAGAUUAAUGGAAUCUAAAAAACAAGCAAAUGGAAAAAAUAUUCAUCCACCAACAUCUAGCAGUGAUGACAAAGGCAAAAUAUCGAACUCCCCAAAUAACAAUAAUAAGCCUGCAAUUAACGGCUAUCACUCAUCUGAUACCGAAUCAGGCGAUGACUCCAGUGUAGAAUCACUACUCGUAAAGAAAAAGCCGACAAUGCAAAACAAUUGGAUACAUGCCCCGCACUUCCCACUAGACAGACGACCAUAUUGGUAUAUUUUCAUUACGAAUGAAAAACAGGAUCGACUUAUAGACAAUCCUGUUCGUAUUACGGGCAUCAGCAACGAGGGGCGUACAGUGCGAAUACAAUUUCAAGCACCGCCUGUUGUUGGUGUUGUAAGUUUGUCGGUAUUUAUAAAAAACGAUUCUUAUGUUGGCAGUGAUAUUAGAAAAGAAGUAAAGCUUGAAAUAUCGAGCGUUGAUGCCCUACCCCAUGAAGAUCCAAUAGAUGAUGAAAUAUCAGAACCCGAUGAAGAUUCGAUUGCUGGUCAAAUGAAGCUUAUGCGCGAACAGGGAUUAUCGGCAGCUGUAGCUGGUGGCGCUGGAGAACAGAAAAAUGAUAGUGAUAGCAGUGAUAGCGAAGAGGACUAA